UGCGCGGAACAGCUCAGCUGGGAGGGGACGACCACAGACUGAAGUUAUAGGGGACCACACGGCGGAAGACUACUCUGCGUCCCCUGAGAGCUUUGGUAGCUCAGCGAAUUUAUUGGCUGUACGUUUCUAAAUCUGUCGUGCUAAGAGGUGAUGCUGGGGGUUGCUGGAAUGACGGGCAGCAUUGCUAAUGCCCUGGCCACUGCGGCCUGUGAGAGAUGUAAGAGUGGCUUUGCCGCAACUGAAAAGAUUGUCAAUAGUAAUGGAGAGCUGUACCAUGAGCAGUGCUUUGUGUGUGCCCAGUGUUUUCAGCAGUUUCCAGAGGGACUCUUCUACGAGUUUGAAGGAAGAAAAUAUUGUGAACAUGACUUUCAGAUGCUGUUUGCCCCUUGCUGUCACCAGUGUGGGGAGUUCAUCAUUGGUCGUGUCAUUAAGGCCAUGAACAAUAGUUGGCACCCUGACUGCUUCUGCUGUGACAUUUGCCAGGCUGUGCUUGCAGACGUGGGGUUUGUCAAAAAUGCUGGCAGGCACCUGUGUCGCCCGUGCCAUAACCGCGAGAAAGCUCGUGGCCUGGGCAAGUACAUCUGUCAGAAGUGCCAUGCCAUCAUUGAAGAGCAGCCACUGAUCUUUAAGAAUGACCCCUAUCACCCAGACCACUUCAACUGCAGCAAUUGUGGGAAGGAAUUGACAGCUGAAGCCAGGGAACUGAAGGGAGAGCUCUUCUGUUUGCCCUGCCACGACAAGAUGGGUGUACCGAUCUGUGGAGCCUGUAGGAGACCCAUCGAGGGGCGUGUUGUAAAUGCCAUGGGCAAGCAGUGGCAUGUAGAGCAUUUUGUGUGUGCCAAGUGUGAGAAGCCUUUCCUUGGUCAUCGCCAUUACGAGAGGAAGGGAUUGGCUUACUGUGAGACUCAUUAUAACCAGCUCUUCGGCGAUGUGUGCUAUCACUGCAACCGUGUGAUUGAAGGCGAUGUGGUGUCUGCUCUCAACAAGGCUUGGUGUGUCAGCUGUUUCUCGUGCUCCACCUGCAACACAAAACUCACUCUGAAAGAUAAGUUUGUUGAAAUUGACCUGAGGCCAGUGUGCAAGCACUGCUAUGAACGCAUGCCUGAGGAGCUGAAACGCCGCCUGGCCCGACGUGAGCGUGAUGCCAAAGACCGCAAGAAAAAAGCUGCUGUCUGUCUGUAGUUAAUAUUCUUUACAACUCACCACUCCAUCUGUUGGAACAAGUUUGUUGAGUUUGACAUGAAGCCUGUUUGUAAAAAGUGUUAUGAAAAGUUUCCUCUGGAGCUGAAGAAAAGGCUCAAGAAGCUGGCUGAGUCCUUGGGACGCAAGUGAGCUGCUUCCGACCAAACAGCCUGGAUGUAUUCCUGCUGUGUCUGUGAUGGUAAAAUACAGGAAAGGAGAACUGCUGCAUUACAACAUUAGGACCCAGCAUUAUACCGGUAAUUUAAAUCUGGGAUCUAUUUAAAAAUUAUAAAAAUAUAUCACUGUGGUGUUAUAGUAAUGGUGCCUGUUAGAAGAUGUCUUGCUGUUUUUUAAGCAAAUGUUUCUUUUUUAAAUACAUUCCUAAAUUGUCCAAAUUUGUUAUUUUGUCCUAGACAACAUUUUUAUUAUGACUUUACCAUGAACAUAUUUGCAAACUGCUAUAUCUAAAACUGUCUUGAAUUUGAAAAUAUUGUUGUGUGUAAUUCAAAAUAAUUCCACACAUGUGCCUUGAUUAUAUGAAGUAUGUGUCUUAAUAUGCAAAUAAUGGUCAAAAUGUAACUUUCAUACAGUUAUGCCUUAGUAAAGCUUAUUCAGAGAAAGUAUCUACUAGAAGCAGAAUUUUACUUGACUUCCCUCCUUUUGAGCUUUUAUAACUUGUAAAGCAAACACUGUGAUCUUUGAUUUGUAAUGAUGUCUCUUCUUCUUGCUAACAUGAAAACAUAAUAAUGAAUCCACCCAUGGCUAUGUUUAUUCCGCAUCGUUUCGGGCUGAACAACGCCCCUUAACUGUGAUAUAAGAAGCGUAUACCACGGCCUGUUGUGAGAUAUUGCUUAAACAUUUGAAGUGGCGAGUUUAAACUCUUGAACUUUUAAUUUCUACUGCCUCGUUCUGUCACUUUUCUAUCAGCCUGGCUCAAAAAUAUACCACAGGGGAAUAUUUUAUUCAGAGAAUUUCUCUGUGACUGUUGAUUAGUCCAGUUGGCCCAAUGUUUGAACAGUAAACGUGAUUGAACACUGAAAGAUCAGAGGGCGCUACUAUUAUUAACAACUACAAAGUCAGAGUCUGUCUGUUAAAAUCUCCUGUUGGUGUUAAGACCUUCACUAUGUACUGUAUGCUUUUGGUAUGUGCGGUAGUGUAAUGGUAUUGCUUGUACUGUAAAUGCCUGGGGAUUGUUAGUGUUAUAUUUUUAGCCAAAUUAACGUUCAAAGGAAUACAGAUGAAAUGAACCUUAUUUAACAUGAGAACACUUUGAUGUUAAAAUAUCAUUAAUGAGUCAGCACAUUGCUUGGGCUGUUUGCAAACUAGUAAAGUACCACACAACACAUUUUAUUUAUUUGCUUGAAUGAACAUUUUAUUUUUUAAUGGGACAUUUGCAUAUACAUUUCAUUUGCCAGAGUUUACAUUUUAUUGAUUUGCAUGAAAUGGAGAAUUAUGCUUUACUGCAGCAAAUGUUCUGCUUAAUGAUCAAUAAAGUAUCCCUAAACUCA